AUGUUCGAUAAAGUUGAACUCGCCUAUGUCGGCAUAGGUCUUCUGGUACGAGUAUUUCUGUUCUUUCAAACAAGAAUCAGAAGUUAUUUCGAGGAUAAUGGCGAAUUUGUCACCCCAUUAAACUCAUGGAAACGAGUUAUCGAAGGAAUUUAUCUACAUAAACUAAAUGUUUCGCCAUUUGUUGGGUCUAUUGUACAUGAAACGCCAUUGUCUCUUUUCUUCUAUUCCAAACUACACGCGAUUACACAAGGGCAUAUCGAAAGUUUAUUUAUCAUUGCGGAUAUUCUAACUGGUUUAUUGACGUACAAAAUCGCUCGCCGAAUAUUGACGCAAUUGUCUGAAGAAGAUCUCAGGGAAAAAGAAGCUUACAAGCCAGAUAGCAAAUCGUUAUGGUUAACCAAAGAUAACGUUCAAAAGAGUGCUCUCGCUGUUCUCCUAUGUACAAUGAUUAAUCCACUGAGUAUUGGAACAUGCAUAGCGAAAUCAAGUCUAGUUUUUCAUAAUCUACUCUUGACAAUGACAUUUUAUUUCUUUAUAACGUAUCAACUGAUACCAUUUGUCGUUCUAUUGGCAGUAACUAGCUCGAUUUCACUCUAUCCAGUUGUUUUAAUCGUACCAGCGUUAUUGCAAUUUUCAAAGACAAGAACUACAUCUUUUUCAAUCGUGCGUGCAUUACUUGUCGUUAUUCUCUUUGUUCUUGCUGCCGCCGGCAUACUUUACCUGAAUUUCUUUCUCAAUCAUCAAUCCUGGUCGUUUCUCGAAUCAACCUACAGCUUUAUAUUUCAUGUACCGGACUACACACCGAACGUUGGCAUCUUUUGGUACUUUUUCACGGAGAUGUUCGAUCAUUUUCGUUCGCUAUUCGUUUGGACAUUUCAAAUGCACGUCCUUCUACUCUAUCUAUUUCCAUUCGCCAUUCGCUUGAGAAAAGAUCCAACAUUUCUCUUUUGGCUUCUAUGCGCAAUUUUUUGCACUUUCAAAUCAUACCCAGCAUACGGCGACGCAACGUUCUACUUCAAUUAUUUACCCAUCUGGAGUUUUCUUUUUCGAUAUAUUCGGCAUACUUUGAUUAUUAUUUGUAUGAUACUAAUCGCUAUUUUGAUGGCGCCAAUCACAUGGUACUUGUGGAUAUAUACAGGAAGUGCUAAUGCAAACUUUUACUUCGCCAUGACAAUGGUGUUCAACGUAGCUCAGACAUUCCUCAUCUCGGACUUGCUCUAUGCGUAUGUGAAACGCAAAUUUUUAUUGAGAAAUGGUGUAACCAUUCCUGAAAUUGAUGGUGCUGAAGGUCAAUUGGAGUUUCGUUAG